GAAGAUGCAUCGCGCGCAUGCGCCUGGAAGUCACGAUUCCUCGACUGCCCAGGAGAUUACCUUGUCUUCUAAUCGACGCAGUACGGUUCCAUAACUCGAAGCGGCUACUUCUAUUACAACAAUACGAAUCUCUAAUCAAUCGUCACUAUGGCAGUGUCUCUUGUAACUGAGGAUAAAUUGGAGUACAACUUCUAUCCGUGCUCCAGUGGUCAAAUCCAGUUUCGUGUAAAAGCUCCCAAUGACGCCCAUAUCGCCCUCACCACCGGACCACACGAGGGCGAGCCGAUGUAUGAGGUCUUCAUUGGAGGAUGGGGCAACAGCAAAUCUGUCAUCCGUAAGAACAGGACCAAACCCGAAGUUGCUGAGAAGGAUACACCUGGAAUUUUGAGCGGCGAUGAACACCGCGGAUUUUGGAUCAGAUGGCAUAGUGGAAAUAUAUCCGUCGGUGAGGAAAAUAAUCAGACACCAUUGUUGACUUACUACGAUCCAGCGCCCUUCAAUAUCAGCUACUUCGGUGUCUGUACGGGUUGGGGUGCCAACGGAGAAUGGCACAUCGAAGGAACGAAAAAUUUGACAACACCCAAUGAACUGAAAUACACAUUCCAUCCGGUCACGAGUGGCUGUGUGAUCAUUGAUGUGAAAGCAAAGAGCAAUGCACAUAUUGCACUCACACGGGCAAAAUUCGAAACAUCACCGAUGUAUGAGGUUCUACUGGGUGGAUGGGAUAAUACAGCUAGUGUCAUAAGAUAUGACCGCAAACAACCCGACAAGGUGCGCGUUAAUACCCCGAAUCUCCUGAGCUCAAGUGAGCAUCGGAAAUUCGCAAUUAUGUGGCACGAUGGACUCAUCACGGUGAGGUCUGGUGAUCAGCAUGGUAAAAUAUUACUCGAGUGGAAGGACCCAGAGCCAAUUGGCAUUAGUCACGUUGGUGUACGAACGGCUUGGGGGGCCACCGGAAAUUGGAGGAUGCACUUUGACAACCUCCCACACACUCGCUCCGGGUCUUCCUCCAGACCCCAACAUCCAAAUCCAUCAGCCCCGUCAGUAGGGUCUUUGCGGUAUGACGGAGGUGCCAGUUGGUGUGAUGGAUCGGGUGGAAUAAUUCCACCUGGAGCACUCGAGGGCGGACAAGAUGGUGAGCCACUUUACGUGGGUAGGGCCAGCCAUGAAGGUGCCCUUAUUCCUGGCAAAGUCAAGCCAAGUCACGGUGUUUGUUAUGUCGCAUGGGGUGGUGGUGAACAUGCAAAGUCCGAAUAUCAGAUUCUUUGCGGCGGCAAUGGACGAUGGGUACCAAUGAAUGGAGGCGAAAUACCACCCACCGCUAUUCCUGCAGGAGAGACUGAGGAUGGAGAGCCCCUAUUUAUCGGUCGUGUCCAUCACGAGGGCACGUUGACCAUUGGAAAAGUCCAGGCAUCUCACAAUGUCUGCUACAUCCCCUACGGUGGAGCUGAAAUCCCAUUCAAUCAGUACGAGAUUCUCAUUGACUAAGAGAAAAAAGUGAAUAAUUGAAAAGAAAAAAUUGUUAAAUCAUAUACGAACGGCAGCUUCAGCACAAAAAAAAACUAAAAGCGAUUAGGAGAUGUUUAAUUAAUGUUGAGGAAAAUGGGUAUAUGUUUUUUUAAUGCAUACACGUAUUUGCUUCUUCUUGGGUAUAUUUUUUUUGAAAAAAAAUGUCUGCAUUAAAAGUAUGUAUGGAGAAAAUCAAACUAUUCGAUUUGUUUAUCUUUGCAAGUGUAAAAUCAAUAAGUGAUAAUCAUCAAGUUUUUUUGCUUUUAAAUCAUCGUACAUUCAAACCGUCUAUUAAUAUGUGGUAACAUUUACAAUUCUUGUAAUACAGCAACUAGAGGAUCGGUCCCAAUCGCAGAAAGAGCGUUAUAAUCUAAUGUUAUUCAAGAAGGAAAGCUUCUGUCGAUCGGGAGAGUUCACCGAUGAUAUUCUCAUCAAAUUGAGAAAAAAACAAACAAUUCGGGGAAAUAAAAAUUCAAAGAUACAAAUUAAUGCUAGCUGUUUUGCAUCUAUUUUCAAAUCUCUUAUUUUAUUAGUGAUUAUUGGAACUGUCACUUAACAUUAGUAAUUAAUCUCUGAGAUGAGAUCUGCGUGCGAACAUUGCGGCCAGAAAAAUACCAAAUAUUUAUUUAUACUGAAUCUACGUCAGAUUCCACCAUCAGUAAAAACAUUUGCAAGCAGUAGUUCAGCCUGCAGAAAACUAAAAGCGAUUAGGGGAUAUAUAAUUAACGUUGAGAAAAAGAGAAAUAUAUGUUUUUUAACGCACAUAUGUAUUCGCCUCUUGUUGGAGAUUAUUUUUUUGAAAAAAAAAACAUCUAAAAUAAAAGUAUAUAUGAGAAAAAUGAAA